GAAAAAGAAAAAAGAAUACAUGUGGAGAAGGUUUGCCAGACCAUAUUGACAGAGAGAUGGCUUUGAACAGAUCAAACUAAGAAGCUCUGAAUCUCAUCAUACUCUCAAUGCUCAUGAGCUUCUAGUUAAAAAUCGAUACUUUGAGCUCCCCUGUUACUAGUUUAGGGUUUCUUGGUCGACGUGAUGAGUCAUCGCCGAGAUUCCACCACCGAUGCAGUCCACGUCAUACCCACCAACGACCCUCCUCCGGAGAAUCCGUUUCCCAGUCCCGUAUGGGCCGCCACUGAGGAUGAUUACAGCCGUCUCUCUGCGGCCAACAACGACGACACAGAGUCGCCCUGCAAGAAGUCACGCGGCCCUCCCUCUCCCUCCUCCUCCUCCUCCGAGAUCGGGAAAGCCUUCUUCAAGACGAAGCUCUGCUGCAACUUCCGCGCAGGAAGCUGUCCGUACGUCGCGAGCACUUGCCAUUUCGCUCACAGCGCGGAGGAGCUCCGCCGUCCGACGUCUGCGUACAAGGGAAGGCAUUGCAAGAAGUUUUACAGCGGAGAAGGGUGUCCUUACGGAGAGAGCUGUACGUUUCUACACGACGAGGCUUCGAGAAACAGAGAGAGCUUCGCCGUUAGUUUAGGCCAUCGUGGUGGAGGCAAUGUUAUUGCUGCUGCUGCUUCUCCGAAUUGGAAGACAAGGAUGUGCAACAAGUGGGAGAUGAGUGGGUAUUGUCCUUUCGGUACUAACUGCCGUUUUGCUCAUGGAGCUUCUGAGUUGCAUAGAUUUGGUGGGGGACUUGUGGAAGAAGAAGAAGGUAAGAUCGGAACAUCUUCCACUCUUGAUACAAAGAAGACAGGACAAUAUAGUCUUGCUUCUCCUGGAGUCCCGUCCCAACGGGCAUCUAAUGGAGUCAGAGUUGUAAGGAAAUGGAAAGGACCGGAUAGAAUCAGCCGGGUUUAUGGUGAUUGGAUCGACGAUAUUGAAUAAAGUCUCUGCCUUUUACUACAGUCUGAUUAAAAAGAUCUUUUUUAGAGUUCUAACUAUGUGAUGUAUUAUUAGCGUUGUUGUAGAUUGUGACUUUAACAAGACAGAGCUCUUUUUUUUUGUUGUUGUAUCAUCUGAUUCUAUUAUGCCAAAUCCUAAUUCAGACCAAAACCGAAGUAAACCGGGGUUAUCA